UUCGCUGAGGACCUGCGGCGGGUUCCACACGGAUCCCCUUUGAACUCCACCAUCGGCGGGGUCAGGAAGAAGCGCAGGAGGGGCCGACGGGUUACGCGGGGUCCCGAAGAGAGAGUCGCCCAUCUCCAGGUGGCGAGCACAACAGAGAAGUUGUACAUGGAGUCGAGCACGGAAGGUGCGGUGAUGCCGGUGGAGGGAGCUUCUAAGCCGAAGGGGGACGCGCUGACCCGCGUGUCCCAGCUGCCCCUGGUGGAGCUGGGCUCUCGCGUGGCGUGGGACGCGUACGGGGACGCCAAGCGGAGGAGCCGCGCCCUCUCCGCGCUCUGCGGCCUCGCCGAGCUGUGGCUCCGCGGGGUCGCGGCCCUCGCGGCGCGCACCGGGAGGCCGCUCGCGUCCCUCCUCGAGUCCCAGCUCGCCUUCGCCAAUGACAUCGCGUGCCUGGGCCUGGACGCCAUCGAGGAGCGCGUGCCCAUGCUGCACCAGACUCCUGAAAAGGUAAUGGCGCGCGCCUUGGACGCGGGCUCCGUGGCCGUGGAGUCGGCGCGCGGCCUCGCCGCGGCCGGCCUGGGCGCGCUGAUGAGCACCAAGGUGGGCGAAGUGGCGCACGCGGUCGCGGACCUCACGCUGAGCCGCGCGGAGAUGGCGCUCGAGUGCUACCUCCCGGACACGGGCGACGAGGAGGAAGACGACGCGACCAGCAGCAGCAGCAGCAGCCGCGCCAUCGAGAGGCGGACAGGGAAGGACGGGGGCGCUGUGGACGGCUCGGGGGGGGCCCAGGAUGAGGGCGGGGGAGCGGCGCCCCCCCCGCGGAAGGAGGCGGGGCUGGGGGUGCGCACCGCCGUGCUGCUCACGCGGGUGACGCGGCGCGGAUCGCGGCGCGCGCGCGCGCUCGCCGCGCGGGGCGCGCGCGUGCCCCGCGCGCUGCUCACGUCCCUGGGGCUGCACCCGGACCGCGGGGUGUGGCUGCUGUCUCGCCGCGCCGUGGGGGUCCUGCAGGCGGCGCUCGGGGUGGCGAAGGGGGCCGCGGGGGUCUGGCUGAUUGCCACCGUCAAGACCUUCAACGCCUCCAAAGUGGUGCUGGGCAUCUCCGUGGCGAUUCCCCGCAUGGCCCUCCGAGUUCAGAUGGCGACUGUCAGGGUGUCGAUGCGGGCGGCGCGCGUUUGGCUGCGCGGGGCGGGGCUCGCGUGGAGCGCGACGCGGGGCGCCUUGGGCGCAGGCGUGGGCGCGGCGCGCGUCGCCCGCCGCCUGGCGAUCACCAUCCCCGAGCACCUGGUGCACAACACCCCGCUCAGCUGGCUGCUCCCUCGCUUCAUCGUCUCGCUGCUCACGAGCCCCGAGCGCCGCCUCGCCCUCGCCUCCCGCGAAGCUCGCGUCGCCCGCCGCAGGUCCCGCGUCUCCCGCCUCAGCGACUCCGAGCUCCCGGCCCUUGCCGAGUCCCAGCAGCAGCAGCAGCCGCAGCCGUGGGGGCCUCGAGUGGAGGGGGCCGAGGGCUCCCCGCGCCGGAGGGGCUCCUACGACUCCCCGACGCGCAUGCUCAUGCGCUCCUCCCGCGACUGACUGCCAGCUCCGUCCGGUCUCCUCGCCUCCGCCGCUCGACCUCUGACCUCUGACCUGCCGCUCCCGUCAAACGCGCUCUCCCUGUCCGAGUCGUCACCCUCCUGGGCGAACUCGCUCCGUCUCCGCCUGCCCGACCCCGUCUCGUACCUCUCCCCCCCGCUCUCCCGCCUCUCGACGACGAUCUCCUCCCGUCUUUACUCUCCCCUCUCACGCUGCCCAUCAUCGUCGGCAUCUCUGUCGCGUAUCCCCUUUCCGCUCUCUUGCUUCUCCUCCCCUCUCGCCUACAUGGCGUCCUUCUCUCCCCACCAGGUUCCGUCUCCAAUACCUCAGCCCGCCUCCUCUCCUUCUCAUCUCCCCUGCGCUCCCUUGCCUGUCUGUUCCUCGGUCUCCCAUCUUCCCCCUUCCCAUCCACCCAAAAUCUCCUCCCCUCCCUCCGAUCUGCUCUCCCCACUCUCCCGCCUGUCCUCCGCUCUCCCCUAUCUCCUGUCCCCGCUCUCUCGGCUCUCCCUCCUCUCCGCGCUCUCUCCCGGGAGCCGAAGCCACUCCCCUGCACUCCGCGAGGUGGCUCUGCGCUGCGUGGGAGGCGAAGUAAUCACCUACACCUACAACGCAUAGUCACGUACAGCCACAGGUGUUCAGUCACGAGUAGUCACGUGCAACUACAGGUGGUCAUGCGUAGUCACGUGCACCUACUGCACCGUCGCUUAAUAUCACAACAGUCACGUGCAGGAGGUGGCCAUAGUUUGGGGCGAGGUGAUAGGGCCCAGCGGGCAGCGCGUUCGCCGCUUCCUGCAGCGGUUCGCGGCUCGAAGCGGCUGGCCGCACUGGUUAACACUGCGGUUGUAUUAACGGCAACAUGCAACUUCUGCUACUACUGCGACGACGCGCCGUCUCCUUCGCAGUGGACGCUAACGAUAUUGUGGCGGUCACUCGACAGGCGCAGGCCAUUGUGUGCCGGCGUCAAAGGUCCGAAUUCUAAAAAUGACACCGCAGAAAUAACCCAAUUGGGAUCACACAAACAGCGGCAGCAACUUCGCCCCUACCUUGACACUAACGCAGCGUCAUAAUAGGGGUUUUCCCCUUUUUUCUGGGAACAAAACUGAAACCUUUCUUACAAGGAUUAAUGUCUGCAUUAACCACAAUACCUGCAGUCAAAAUGCAAACAAA